AUGACAUAGAGGGGGAGAGGUGGGAGAGAAGCAAGCGGAGAAAGAAGAGACUAUCGGAGGGAGGGAUCGACCCUGUUUCUGGACCCGUAUUGAGCCGCUGCCCUCUGGGAUACACCGCACCGCCAAAAAAUGCUCAUAAAGGAAUUUCGAGUGAUUCUUCCUAUCUCUGUGGAAGAGUACCAGGUCGGCCAGCUGUACUCUGUGGCUGAGGCCAGUAAGAAUGAGACAGGUGGAGGAGAAGGAGUGGAGGUGCUAAAAAAUGAGCCCUACGAGAAAGAGGGGGAGAAGGGACAGUACACACACAAAAUUUAUCAUUUGCAGAGUAAAGUGCCGUCAUUCGUCCGAAUGUUGGCUCCAUCUUCAGCUCUCAACAUCCACGAGAAAGCCUGGAACGCAUACCCAUACUGUCGCACAGUUAUCACUAACGAGUAUAUGAAAGAUAACUUCCUGAUCAAGAUUGAGACAUGGCACAAACCUGACACGGGACACCUUGAAAAUGUACAUGGUUUGGAUGCAGAAACCUGGAAGAAGGUGGAUGUAGUCUAUAUCGAUAUUGCGGACAGAAGCCAAGUGGAGCUGAAGGACUACAAGCCAGAGGAGGAUCCUUGCAGGUACAAGUCAGUGAAGACAGGACGAGGCCCUCUAGGACCAGACUGGAAGAAAGAGCUUCCUAACAAGAAAGACUGCCCACACAUGUGUGCCUACAAACUGGUCACUGUCAAAUUCAAGUGGUGGGGCCUGCAAAAUAAAGUGGAGAACUUCAUUCAAAAGCAAGAGAAGCGUUUGUUCACUAAUUUCCACCGUCAGCUGUUCUGCUGGAUCGACAAAUGGAUUGACUUGAACAUGGAAGACAUUCGUCGCAUGGAGGAGGAGACACGCAAGGAGCUAGAUGAGGCAAGUGAAAAAGAUUGA